CCGUUUGCGAGCGGGAGGAGGGAGGGCGGUGGUGGUGAAAAGCCCCUCCCCUCCACUCCCUUUCAGUAUCGGCGGUCGCUGCCUCACCUUUCUCCAUUCAACUUACCCUGAGCUGAAGCUCUACUUCAUAUAAGAACUUACGUGGCUUUUACGACAUUUCCACCAAGCUUUACGGCGAAAGUUAAGGCUCCCGUCCUCUUAAAGGGGCAAACCGCUCAUUCUUCUAAACAAGCUCAAGCCCAACUCAGCUCCAGGGUGACUCCGCUUCUGAGGCACGCGCGGCUGAGCAGCAGGACAUCAGAGGCCCAGCCACCGUCGUACUGCAAGCGCAUACAAAGCUUCUGCGUGCAGUGGGAGCUUAUAGCUGUUUUGCCUAUUUUUCACACUCUUGGCCAAUUUUCGUUUCUUAUAAUUAAUCGAUUCAAAUGUGCCAUUCCUUUUUAUAUUACCAGCACCACAUAAUGAACGUAUGUAAACAAAGGUUUAAAUAUAUGUACAUUUAAAAUUGCGAUGGAGUGGACUUUAAUAUAAUUUUUGUUUAGUUUUUAUAAAGCCUGCAACAUUCUCAUCCAAUCAGAGGCAGGCAGAGAAAGCCAACCAAUCAGAGAGGCACUCGCUUGGAGGCGGGCACAGCGACUUGCAGGGGGCGAGCCCCAGGAACUGCACGUGGUUUUUUUGUGUAUCGGAGAGACGCUAAGGGACAAAGUUGGUCUUCCCGCGUUGAUUAUUAUAUGAAGGGAGCAUUCAGAAACGAUCCGUUUCUCUCCUGAAGCUGAACGAAGCCUGCAGGACACUCUCUACCUGGGCCUGGAAGCUGCUGCGGGUUGUCGGCGGGCCAAGAGGCGCAGAUUUUGUUGCUUUUCCCCGUCUCCGGAAUCCAGGUGAGGAGAGAUAGUCUUUCUUUAAGGAGCUCAGGGUGUUGAAGAUGAACACUGUAGAAGAACUUCUGCGAACUCCUUUCUGUAGGCUUACUUUGGAAGACAAGCUACAAGUCAAAGAGAUGGGACCAGAUAGGCCUGUUCUGACAUUCCAGCAGUCUACAAGUGACAGGGGGAGGAAAUACAGAAGAAAGUGCUGUGCAGGGUGGUAUGAUAGAAAGAACUGGCUAUGUGGAAGUGUUACAAAAACUGCAUUGUUCUGCUUUCCCUGUCUGCUGUUUGGGGGUGACCAGGUUUGGACCCAGACUGGAGUCAGGAGCUUAAAGCAUUUUGCCAGCAAGAUCAAGAAGCAUGAGGCAUCCAAGACUCACUUGAAGAACUGUGUGCAACUAAAAAUGUUAGGCAGACCAAAGAUAGUAAUGCAAUUGAAUGAACGCUAUAGUCUGUUGGUAAGAAAGCAUAAUGAAGAAGUUGAGAACAACAGAUACAUCCUUUCAAAAAUCAUUGCUUGUAUACUGUCCUGUGAUGCUUUUGAUUUGGCACUUCGUGGUUAUGAUAAGACUGAGGAGUCAACAAAUCCAGCAGUUUUCAGAGGACUGGUCAGUCUCAUGGCAUCCAUUAAGAUAGCCACAGAACGUCACCUGCAGUGUGCCACAGUAUUCAGAGGUCUGUCAAAGACAAUUCUGAAUGAACUGCUUGACUGCAUGUUGAUGGUGGCAAAGGACCACAUUAAACAGCAGCUGAAAAGUACUUGUUUUGCAGCAGUUCAAGUUGAUGACACAACAGAUGUGUCUACGUCCUGCCAAAAUGUACUUAUUUUCCGCUACAUCAGUGAGGACGGUUCUCUGGUGGAACGUUUCUAUGGAUUCACAGAGCUGGAAGAAUGUCGGGCUGAAACCAUUGCUGCAGCCUUGCUUCAGCAGCUGAAUGAGAUAUUCCCAGAGGAGACCGACAGGCAGAAACUCAUUAGUCAGAGCUAUGAUAUGGCAAGUGUGAUGCAAGGAGAUGACAGAGGAGUGCAAAUGAGAAUCCAUGAUAUGUUCCCCAAUGCCAAAUAUGUUCACUGCUAUGCCCAUCAAUUGAAUUUGGUGAUGCAAAAAGCAGCAUCCCAAAUUAAGGAAGUAAGGAUUUUCUUCUCAGACCUUUCAGCAUUCUCAGCAUUCUUUGUCUGCAGUGCAAAAAGGAAAGCAGCUUUGGAGGCAGUUGUGAAGAGAAGACUCCUUAAAUCAUCUCAGACAUGCUGGCAUUUCAACAUCCAAACAGUGAGUGUGGUGUUUGAGAAAAGACUGGAACUAAUUGAAUGUUUCAAGGAAAUAAGAACUUGGGAGUUUGAUCGCAGUGCAGUCCGUGAAGCCAGAGGCUUUCUGCAAAUGCUGGAAGAUGGUGAGUUCCUGUACUUCUUGUCCCUGUUCCACAGAGUAAUGCUUCAUGUGGAUAUCCUCCAUAGUCAACUCCAGGCAACAGCCGCUGGUUUUGUAGCAGUAAGGAAAGCUAUCUUGGACUUUGUGAGUGCCAUCAGUUCUGUCAGAAAUUCUAUUGGAAGCUUGUUUGUUGAGUUACCUCAGCAAUCACAGCUGCCCAGAGGCAAAACGAAGGCGACGUUGGAGCGAGUUGCAUCAGAAGUCUGUGAUAUCAUCAUUGCAGAUGCAAAGGAACGUUUUGCAUUCACCAGUCAUCUCGCAAGUGCAACGCUGGUACAGGGAAAUUUGUUUCCAGCACAUAACCAAAGAUUCCCACAACAGGCAUUUGAUGAAACUAUAGAUGCCUAUCCAGUACUUAAGAAGGAUAAACUUAAGACUGAGCUUUCCAUUUUGUAUAAGAGACAAGAAUUCUACUGUUGCAAGGAUGCUUCCACACUCCUGCAUGUGCUUUUGGAGAACACUGAUCUGGAGAACACUUUGGCGCAAACAGGGAGGUUACUGAGAAUCCUGAACACCACUCCAAUGAGAACAGCAGAAACAGAGAGGACAUGCUCCGCUCUGAAGAGAAUAAAGACUUUCUUGCAGAACACCUUACCAGAGGAAAGACGCGAUGCCUUGGCAAUGCUGUCCAUUGAAAAGUGGAUGAUUACAGAAAUUCCAGACUUUAGCCAUAGAACAAUUGAAUUGUUUGCAAGACAGAAAGAGCAUCGCCUCAACUUUCUUUUCAAAAAAUAAGUAGUGCUCCAAACAACUAACCAGAAGGUUGGGGCAGGAGGGGCUACAUCUUUUGUCCCAACGCAGAAACAAUUGUGAAGGCAUUCAACCAUUUUGAAGCAAAUCAAGACACUGUUCUUGAGUUUAGUUAGUUAAGUAAUUGUACUGUAUUACUUAAUUGUCCUUGGCAUUUUUUGUAAAGAAAGAUGAGGAGAAAACUGGAAUUAGUUGGCUCCGUCUGAUUUUAUCCAUGGAUCCACCUACCACUAGCUGCCCUGUACUCUGCCCCACCAGCUGCCGUUAUUUAAAUAAAUACAUGUGUGAAUGAACAAUGGGGAGCAUAACCUUUUAAAGCAUAUCAGCAAUGUGUAUUUAAGGUUGACAAACAGACAGAGCCUACUUCUUCUGGACAUAAUGGACUUUUAGCUGUUUAGCCUGACACUGCCAGCACCUGACCAACUGAAAGUUUCCCUGAUCAGUUAACAUUGCAGGACAUGGCUGCAGGGGGAAGCAGAAAAAGCCUUAACCACUACAGAGUGGGUAUAGGAAGCCACCACCACGCAUUAUUAGGGAAGCAUUCUUUGGACAUGAAUAUGUUGAGCUUGCCUAGGCAGACUGUGCUUUUAAGCAGUAGAUAACAAAUAAACAGGUUGCUUACCAGUAACAGGUGAUCUGGUAGUGGUUCCAACAUUCAUAAGUAGUGGGUUCUGCGCCUGUGCAGACCAGCCUCGGGCAGAAAUCGUUAGCUCCUCGCGACGCCUGCAACCGCCGCCUGCACAUGCAUGCAGUACCCUCUAGCGGCUGUUAGGCGUCCCUUCACUCAGUUUCUUGAUGACAGUCUCCAACUAUACUGAGAUGUAUAAUACCUUAGGCUGCAUAGUAGCUUGUGCCAAGUAGAAGCGGGGAUGGAUGGGCGGAUUUUAUGAAUGUUGGAACCACUACUAGAUCACCUGUUACAGGUAAGCAACCUGUUUAUCUGGAUAGUGGUUCCAGCAUUCAUAAGUAGUGGGUGAAUUACGAGCUGCCCUGAUGGUGGUGGGCCUUAGCCAAGCUACUGCAGCACCCGCUUGAGGACCGCCCGUCCAAACUCCGCUGCGGCUGCCAGCCUUAGCAUAUGCUCUCGUUGAGUGGGCCUUUACGGAGGCCAGAGGGGUGACGCCCUGCAGGUCAUACACGGUCUUGAUUAGUUCCACCAACCAAGAAGAUAGCCUUUGGUGUGAGGGUGAGUCUCCCUUCUUCUGGCCCUGCAGGAUAACAAAGAGACAUCUAGUUCUUCGCAUUAGGAAUGGCCUUUAGGUAGUAGAGCAACGCCGUAUGCACAUCCAGUGAGUGUAUCGCCCGCUCCAACGGAGUAGUUGGAUUAUGGAAAAAGGUCGGCAGAACAAUAUUGGUAUUCAGAUGGAAAUCCGUUAUAAUCUUUGGUCUAAAAUCAGGAUCCAGGCGCAUUACAACCCAGUCUGGGUAGAUUUUAGUGUAAGGCUCAUCAAUGGAGAGUGCGCCCAACUCACUCACGCGUUUAGCCAUUGUUAUUGCUACUAAAAAGAGAGUCUUCAGAGUCACAAGUCUUAGAGGUGCCUCCCCCAUUGGUUCGAAGGGAGGCUCCGUCAAGGCCGAGAGAACCAAGGAGAGGCUCCACUUUUCCACGGGUGAGCGCACUGGCAGGUACAAAUUGUUUAUCCCUUUCAUGAAUUCCUUACAGCUUGGGUGUGUGAAGAUGGUUUUGCUAUCCCAUCCAUCAUGGUAUGCAGAUAUAGCUGCCAAGUGGACUUUAAUAGAGACAUUAGCUAAACCUUCCUGUUUCAGUGAGGCCAGAUAGAGUAGCACAGAGUGAAGACUCGCCGCCUCUUGGCCUAUAGCCCCUAGAGGCUGCAACAGAGUGUCUUCCAUUAGAAAGACCUUUAGCCGCGCCGCGCGGUUUUUCAACGUCUGCUUGUUGAAAGUUUUGCAGACGGGACAUUCAAUGAUAUCAUGUCCCUCACCCAAGCAAAACAAACAUUGGGCGUGACCGUCUGUUGAGGGGAUCUUACUGCAGCAGUUGGAACACCUUUUAAAGGUGGUCUUUUCCUUUCCUAUUUUCCCUUCAGUAGCCAUUCUUUUUUUCCUUUUUUUUUUUUUUAAGAAGUGGUCGUUCGUUCCAAGGUCCGAUCAGGGAGAUAGUUAACCAGUCUGAAGAUCCAAGGGGGUUGUCAAAUGAAGUCCAAAAUCCGUAGGUUUGUUAAAUCCGAGAAAUCACCAAAUCCAAAGGGUAAGGCAAAGAAUUGUCGAAGUCUGAUUUGCGAGAGGUCAAAAUUUUCCAAGAAAAACACUGAUAAUCUGAGGAGCAAAGUUACCGAGGUCUGAUCGCUAUGGCGGUCAGAAAGAAACGGAGUGAAGGGGCGCCUAACCGCCACUAGAGGGUACUGCACGCACGUGCAGGCGGCGGUUGCAGGUGUCAUGAGGAGCUAACGAUCUCUGCCCGAGGCUGGUCUGCGCAGGCGCAGAACCCACUACUUAUGAAUGCUGGAACCACUAUCCGGAUCUGAUGGUUUUUUUCAUCUUACUUAAAAAUGCACUGCAAAUACAAGAAAGUGACGACAGUGCAGUAAUGAUUUUCUGCUUUGGAAGUUAAGAGGUUCUAACAUCCAAAUCCUGCAUCUUAAAUUGGCACUUAGCCAAAGAUUAAUUCUGUAAAAUGUAAUAUUGCUAUUGUAUUUAUUUUUUGUAUUUCCGUAUUUUUUUGCUUCAAGCAUAGCAUAACACCCACAUGAACUCCUUUGUUCCAAUCUUCUGCAGUCCCCCAAAGACAUUAUUUAGCCAGGUUUUUGAAGAGGAUUUGGAUGAUCUUGUCAGUUUUGCUCUGCUGUAAUUUAUGUCGUGUUAAAAUGCUUAACUGUUCUUUCUUUUUUCCAUGUUGUGGUUGGGUGUGAAGCCAUUUGGCAAAAGAUAGUUGUAUAAACAAUUUCACUAUAUUUAA